AUGGAGAAUUCAAUUUAUAAAUUUUUGCCCCUAUUACCGAUAUAUAAUGAAAUUAUGAACAAUUAUAAAAAUGAAGCUAAUACUGGAACAGGCGGGUCUUGGCAUAGCGAUGUAUGUAAUAUAAAACAUAGGCAAAAGAGAUUAGAAAUAAUAAAUGAUGAAAAUCUUAAAAAACAAAACAUAUGCACAGAAGCUAUGUUAUAUUUAGUUGAUAUUCAAACCAUGGAUAAUAGCACAUUGGAAAAAUCUAGCUGCAUAUAUCUGUAUUUUUGGUUGUCUCAUAAUCUUAAACAUAUAAAUAAUAUAGAGGAUAUUACAAACAAUUAUGAUAAUCUGCUUAAAUUAUAUGAAUCUUUUGGAAAUGGCCUUCCAGAUCAUAAGUGUAAUAAAUAUAAAAUUCAAAUUAUAGAGGAUUUACGAUUAAUAAAAGAUAUACAUGAUAUUCAUAAUUAUGCUAAAAAGAGAAAGAUUAUCAAUCUGAAUAAGGAUGCAACAUUUGUUCAAAAAGCAAUGUCAUUAAAAAAUUAUUAUGAUAAAAAAAUACAAACAAAAGGAACAGUAACUUGUGACACAAAAAUGACAAGUGUAACAGAAACAGCAGUGUCAUGCAAAAAUAAUAUUGCAUUUCCUAUUAUAAUUACACUCUUUGUAACAUCAUUAAUAACUAUUUCAUUAUUUAUUUUACAUAAGUACACAUCAUUUAGUUCAUAUUUGAAAAGCAUAAUAUCAUAUAAAAGAAAUAAGUAUAAUCAUAUAGGUGAAGAAAUAAAUAGAUUUCAUGGACCCCAAAUAUCUAACAGUAUAGUAAGAGAUGACGAAUAUUACAUGUUAUAUAAUUAUCAAAAAUAUUAA